GCCAAGAAGGUGGAAGAACGCAUCGCGAAAUAAACGGAACCCAGCGGAGUUGUAAAAAUGGCAUCUUGUUAAAUUCACGCUACUGGAUCGGCGAGAAUUAUGCUUAUCACGCGAAAUAUUAUAUAAUAUUAAAUAGGUUGGGUAAAAGGAAAUCCAUUAUUUUCUCGGCCGAUGGCUGUAGUGAUCGAUCAAACAAUUUCAAGUUUAUGCUCGUUGUCAAGCUGACCUUUCACACUAAAAAACUUGUUUUGCUUUUUUUUUGUUGCUUCCAUUCAGUUGUGCGUUACAGGGUGUUAACAAUGGAAGUCCAGAUUAAGAAUGGUGCUACACAAAAAUAGUAAAAAGUGUAAAAAGUAGUAGUAGGCGGUCACAUAACAACUGAAAAUGUAAUCGCCAAGAUGCUAAGUAGCGAAGAAACGUUGGAGAUCAUCAGUGUUUUCGCGGAAAGAAUUAUCCGUAUAACAAAGCGGCACUUGGACGCAGGCACAUAGGCCACAUAGACCUUUGUAAUGAGGAAGAUGCAAUGCCGCUAAGAAGUAAUGCCAAAGCGGUUCCAGGGUGGGUGAUGGUUCCAAACGAGGAGCAGUUUUUUACUCCUCGGACAUACCAUUACUGCGACAACAGCUUUGAUGAUGCAUUAGGCAUUUCAAACGACCCCAUCCGCAAAAAAAAAAAACAAAAAACAAAUUUCGUUGUUUCAUUUUCAUUUAAAACUGGAUAUCUCUUAAUUGUUCACCCUUUACGUCACUACUGGUCAAAAGCAAAGUACUUUUUAUUUUCAUUUCAGACAAAGAACAAAUACGCUCAUGCGACCCCUACUGCGGUUGCACACUACUGAGCGCACACACACAUACUCAACAUAUAUACACAAAUGUAUGCACUUAGGUACUAUAGCGAUACUAAAUUAUAUAAAAUGAGUUUGCAGCUGUCAAACGGCACAGUCAAUCCUUUCGAUUUACGGAAAAAUAAUCAAUUUUUUUUAUGAUAUACUCGUACAAAAAUGGAUCUUUCAGUUAAGGACCGUAGUGAUCUCCAGCAUAAUUGGGAGGUUAUGCAGCAGGUGUAUACAUUUUAUAAUGAACAGAAAUUCACAGAUAUUUUAUUUGAAUUUUCCAAUACCGAUUAUGCUUUUUCUGCGCAUCGCCUAAUCCUAGCAGGGGCUAGCCCCUAUCUAAUGGAACUCUUCGACAAAGCCGAGCCAGACUGCACCAUAAUGACUAUAACGGAUAUGGAUAGUGACACUUUUGAGCAAUUAGUGAUUUUCUGCUACAACGGGCAAACAGAUAUAACAGCAGGUAAUGCCGAGCGUAUGAUCAGAGGUGCCGUUACAUUGCGCUUGGAUGGCGUUAUUGAUGUUUGUGUAAGCUAUUUGAUGGCUCACAUUGACGAUUUCUUGUUGCGCAAGUUGAUCGCUCUAGAAGCUGAUAUAAAGUGUGAAAAACUGGAAACGCGUCUAAUGGAUUACGUUGCUGAACAUUUCAAAAAGGUUAUCAACAAUAACGAAAUAUUUGGUCUUAGCCCGGAGCAGUGGAAAAUUGUUAUGAAAAAAGUCGACGUGAGUAUCGUUUCGCAAUUUAAUAUCUCCUGGGCCAUUAUUGGCUGGUAUAAAUAUAAAUCAUUUGAGCGCCAACAAUACUUACCCGCAUUGAUUGGAACUCUAAGGCUUACCGAAUUCAAUGAUGAAUUUAUACUGAAUGUAAUUAAACCGCUCCCGGGUUGUGAACAGUUAGCAACAGAAGUGAUAAAGAAGCGCGCUAAUAUGAACACUUGGUUUGCUGUGCAAAGGGUGCAAGAGAACUGGACAGGACCUAAAACUAUUCUCCAAUUGAACCUAGCUAAAGAAGAAUGGGAAAAAGUUACUAUCAUUGAUAUGAAAAGAUACUUUUUUUGGACAGCUUUCAUGGAAAGCAAAAUAUUUUUUAUUGGUGGCACAAGUGUUUUCGGAUACGAAAGGGCCGUUGAUACCUACGAUUUGGUAACGAAAGCGUGGAACGCUUUGCCCCGCAUGCAAGAGCAUCGCGUUGAUUUUUGUGUCGCACUGCAGGAUAAGAAUAUAUACGCAAUAGGUGGACAAGAUAGAUACACAAAAUACUUGCAGACCGUAGAAAGAUUCGAUGUCUCAGCUUCUAAAUGGCAUUAUGCAGCGAGCUUAGCUGCGCCACGUGCCGCUGCCGGUACUGCAGUUCUGAAUGACUACAUAUAUGUAAUUGGAGGAAGCAAUGGUACCCAAGUAAACACCGUUGAACGUUACCAUGCAGCUACAAAUCGUUGGACAGCGUGCCGCUCUAUGAUUGCGAAAAUAAAAAAUCCAGCAGUCGCUGUACACCAGGAAUUUAUAUACGUGAUGGGCGGAUUAGGCAACGUUGAACGGUACGACCCCCGGCGGGACGAAUGGACAAAGAUCGCCCGCUUAAAUAUUGCGCGUAGACAUAUGUGUGCUGAAUCAAUAGGUGGACAACUAUGGGUUUUUGGUGGUACCGGAUCCACAAAGAUGGAUGAUACUGUUGAGGUUUAUGAUGUGUCAACCGACCAAUGGCAGAUAAAGAAGGCCCUACCAGAAACAGGAGUUUACAGUUGUUUUCCAGAGCCCACGAAAUUGGUAGAAAAACUAAAGGAAGAAGCAAUUAACUAGAAAUGCUUUUAAUGGAGCUAAAUCUUAGAAACAGACUUGUGAAAUGAGCAGAAAUAUAUUUUACAAUUAUUAAAGCAAUAAUCGUAGCCGUUUCAUCUUUGUAACGUGAAAA